UUACUACGUGUUGUUGGACGAGGUGCAUUUGGAAAGGUUCGAAUAGUUGAACGGCGCGACAACAAAAGAUUAUUUGCAUUGAAAUACAUUUCAAAGGAAGAAUGUAUCAAAAUGGAAGCUUUGCGAAAUAUAUUUCGAGAACGGUCCAUGUUGGAAGAAUUGGAUCAUCCUUUGGUAUGCAAUUUACGCUUUGCAUUCCAGGAUGAUGAAUAUAUGUACAUGGUCAUGGACCUUAUGAUGGGUGGUGAUUUAAGAUUCCACCUUAAUAGAAAAACGUUUACCGAAGAUGCGAUACGAUUCUGGAUAGCAGAAUUAGCAUGUGCAAUAAGAUAUCUACAUUCAAAAGGAGUUGUUCAUAGGGAUAUAAAACCUGAUAACGUCCUUCUUGACGACCAUGGACAUGCACACUUAACCGAUUUCAAUAUCGCAACACACAUAAGGCCUGAUAAACUUUUGACAUCACACUCUGGGACGUGUGCUUAUAUGGGUAA